CAUUCUCUCUCUCCCUCUCUACUUUUCUCUCGUCAAGUCUCUCUCUCUCCCCCUUUCUCUCUCUAAAAAAGCCAGUUUCCGGCCACAAUUCAUUUAUUACCAACUUUUUUCACUGUUUUUUUGGGUAAAAAAAAAAAAAAAACAAAUUGGGUAAUUUUAUUUUACCCAAUAAAGUGAAAUUACCAAUUCCUCCUUUUUUUUUCCAUUUUUUUUUUUUUUUUUGUGGGUGUGGGAGUGGGUGGUGUGGCUGACGUGGCAUGCACCCAUAACAGAGAUAUGAAUACCAAAACGAUGCGCCUUCCACCUCGGCGAGUGUUGACGCCCAAUGUUACAACGACAACCACAUCCUCAGCCACAACAAUCAACAACAACAAGCGCAAAGAGAGAGAAAAAGAAAAAGAGGGUUUCAAUGCUGCCACAAUUACCAAAAUACCCAAGACAGCUACGGCUCGAGCCGGUGGGAGGAUAGGCUUAGCCGAGCUGGUAUUUUCGUCCAAUAAAAUAUUAGCGGGUUACUUAGCCCACGAGUUUCUCACUAGAGGCACCCUCUUUGGUCAACAGUGGGAUCCAACUUCAACUAAUCAAAACGAGGCCGUUUCAAAGAAAGCUGAGGAAGAGAAGAAGCCAAAGCCAAGUGGUGAAGCUGAAGGACAGGUGGAAGAAGAAGAAGGUGACGAUCAACAACAACGACAACAAGAAAAAGAAAGGUACGUGGAAUUAGCAAAUUUGCUCAAAACUGGAGGGGCCCACUUGGCUGGCAUCGUAAACCCCACCCAGCUUACCCACUUCUUACACAAGAAGAGGUGAUCAUUUCCUAUUGGUUUAUAUAAUUUAUAAAAAAUUUCGAAAAACCUUGUUGUAAUUUGUAAAUUUUGUAAUGCGUGGUGGCCAAAUUGAAAUCAUUGAAUUUGCGUACCCAUUUCAAAAACAAAGGCAAAAACCACCCCCUCCCCCUAACUUUUAUUUAAAAUUGUACCCCUUUUUUCUCAAUUGGGUCUCUCUCUAUCUAUCUCUCUAAAAUUCAAAAAAUUUACUA